UUGUCAGUUUGAUUUUGUACGCCAGCCGAUUUAGUACGUUUGGAACGGACGUGGUCGCGACGUUAACAUAAACUCCUCUGCAAAUAUACAUACAUAUAUAUUUUUAGCAACUCUUUUGAAAGAGAAUUCCGCUAGUUUAUUUCAGUUGGAUAAAUUCAUCAAAGUAAAGAAUUUCGCGUGAAAAUGUCGUACCACAAGCCAGAAGCUAAAGCCAUUCAGGAACUAAAAGAUAUUGCACAUCGUUUGCGUAUCCAUUCCAUUACUUCAACUCAAGCAUCGAAGUCUGGUCAUCCAACAUCAUGUGCCUCCAUCGCCGAAAUUAUGUCGGUUUUGUUCUUCAACACCCUGCGCUUGAAUUUGAAAUUCCCACGCGAUCCCUCCAGUGAUCGUUUCGUGUUGUCCAAAGGCCAUUCAGCACCCAUUCUGUAUGCCGCCUGGGCUGAAGCUGGUCUCUUCCCCAUCGAGGAUUUGCAAAACCUGCGUAAAAUCGACAGUGAUCUUGAGGGUCAUCCAACACCACGUCUGAACUUCAUCGAUGUCGGUACGGGUUCGUUGGGUCAAGGUGUUGCUGUUGCCGCUGGUAUGGCUUACGUAGGCAAGAACUACGACAAGGCUGACUACAGAACUUAUGUUGUUGUUGGUGAUGGUGAAUCUGCAGAAGGUUCAAUUUGGGAAUCAUUGCACUUUGCUGGUCACUACAAAUUGGAUAAUUUGUGCGUUAUCUUCGAUGUGAAUCGCUUGGGUCAAUCUGAGCCAACCUCUUUGCAACAUCAAAUGGAGGUAUAUCGCAAACGUUUGGACGCUUUCGGUUUCCAUGCUUUGGUUGUCGAUGGGCAUGAUGUUGAGGAGUUGUGCAAGGCUUUCCAUGAAGCCGCCACAACUAAGAACAAGCCCACUGCCAUUAUCGCCAAAACGUACAAGGGCAAAUACUUCCCAAAUAUUGAGGAUUUGGAGAACUGGCACGGCAAGCCUUUGGGUGAUAAGGCUAAUGAGGUGAUCAAACACUUGGAGGGUCUUAUUGUUAACGGUGCCGUAGCCGGUCCCGUUGCACCCAAGAGUCCAACAAAAUUGAAGCAAGCACCAGUUGUCGACAUCACUAACGUCAAACUAUCGUCACCACCAAACUACAAAUUGGGUGAGCAAGUGGCCACACGUUUAGCUUACGGCACUGCUUUGGCCAAGAUUGGGCAAAACAAUAGCCGCGUCAUCGCUUUGGAUGGUGAUACCAAGAACUCGACAUUCUCCGAUAAGUUGAAGCAUAUCUUUCCCGAACGUUACAUCGAAUGUUUCAUUGCCGAGCAGAAUCUCGUUGGUGUUGCUAUCGGUGCCGCAUGCCGUGACCGUACUAUUGCUUUCGUUUCUACUUUCGCCACAUUCUUUACACGCGCCUUCGAUCAAAUUCGUAUGGGUGCUAUUUCACAAACCAACGUCAACUUUGUUGGCUCCCACUGUGGUGUGAGCAUCGGUGAGGACGGCCCCUCUCAGAUGGGUCUGGAAGAUAUCGCCAUGUUCCGUGCCAUCCCUGGCAGCACUGUAUUCUACCCCUCCGAUGCGGUCAGCUGUGAACGUGCCGUUGAAUUGGCAGCCAACACAAAAGGUGUCUGCUUUAUUCGUACAUCCCGCCCCAAUACUGCUGUCAUCUAUGGCAACGAUGACGUCUUAAAAAUCGGCAAAGGUAGAAUUGUCAAACAGUCACCCAAGGAUCAAGUGCUGUUGAUCGGCGCCGGUAUCACUCUCUACGAGUGCCUUAAUGCUGCUGCUGAACUUGAAAAGAGCGGUGUACACGCACGUGUGUUGGAUCCAUUCACCAUCAAACCUUUGGAUGCUCAACUCAUCAUUGAGAAUGGUCGCGCUGUUGGUGGUCGCAUUGUAGUCGUUGAGGAUCACUAUCAGCAAGGUGGUUUAGGUGAGGCUGUUCUGAGCGCUUUGGCCGAGCAACGCGACUUUGUUGUUAAGCAUCUGUAUGUGCCGACAGUGCCACGCUCUGGUCCACCAACUGUACUCAUCGAUUUGUUUGGCAUUUCUGCGCGUCAUGUUGUCAAUGCAGUUGCUGCAGUACUGAAACUGUAAGCGGCAUUUUCAUCUUUAGUAAUUUAGUAAGGAUUUACUAAACAAAAAAAAACCCCAAGAAAGUUGCUGAAUGACUUGGCAAUGUACUUUGCUUAUUUCGUAACUAUUUCUAGAUAUAAGCAGGAUCCAAGAAAAUGGAAAUUUUAUGAACGAUGUUCAACUAUUCUUUUUGUAUUGGUUACAAUAGAUGUUAAAUAAUAAAAUUUCACUUAAUAGUAACCCA